AUGAAAACACAAAAUCCAAAACACAGGAUAACAAAGCCAUCCCAGCAGCAGCAACAGCAGCAGCAGCAGCAACAGCAGCAACAGCAGCAGCAGCAGCAGCAACAGCAGCAACAGCCUCAUCAUCAUCAUCAUCAUCAGCGCCAGCAGCACCAUCAACAGCAGCAGCACCAUCAACAGCAGCAGCAGCACCAUCAACAGCAGCAGCAGCACCAUCAACAGCAGCAGCACCAUCAACAGCAGCAGCAGCACCAUCAACAGCACCAUCAGCAGCAGCAGCAGCAGCAGCAGCAGCAGCAGCAGCAGCAGCAGCAGCAGACCAGUUGA